GUAGCCAUCAGACAAAUCAAAACCUUAGAACUCACUUAAAAAAAAAACACUCGAGAACAGAGAGAAAGAAGUUAAACAAUGGAGCUCGAAUUGGGACUAAAGGUCACGAGAACGAGAGAGGAUGUAUCGUCUUCAGUUGAUUUCCGCUUCUCUAAAGACCCGUUUGGUCCUCUGGUUCUUUCUCGAGAAACCGAUUCAAGGUUCAUCAUCAUCAUUCACAUCAAAGGAUUCAAAAAGGAAGGAACUGAAAUAGAUAUAAACAAAGAGGGGAAUAGGAUUACGAUACAAGGGAGGAAGCCUGUGGAAGAAAUGGUUAUGAUUAGAUGGAUGGCGUGGAGGAAAGAAGGUGAAUUUAGGGUUUUCAAGAAAGCUUUUAGGAUUCCUGAUACUGUGGUUUUAGACGAGAUUAAAGCUAGGUUUGAUGAUGAUGAUGCCACUCUUACAAUCACAAUGCCGAAAAGAGUUAAGGGGAUUUCUGGAUUUAAUAUUGAGGAAGAAGAAGAAGAAGAAGAAGAAAGAGUGGUCAAGGGAGAAGUUGAAGAGGAGAGUACAGUUAUAAGGGAAGAAACUGAUGUUCAGUCUGAGAAGUUUGAGACAAAGAUUCAGAGAGAGGGCGAGUUUGGAGAAAAAGAGAGUCAAGUUUUGGGAGAGGAACAAAAGGAUGAAGAAGAAACUGGGGAUGAUUACUUAGAGAAGAAGAGUCACCAGAUUGAUGAACAAGACAAGACUAUGGAAUGUAUAGAAGAAGAAGAAGAAGAGUUGGCUGAAUCAAAUAAAGAGAGUGAGGACAGCAGUAGCUUAAGAAAGCAUCCGGACACUGAAGGAAGAGAUUCUCAUGAGCAGACAAGACAUGAGGAAAAAGAAAAUAGCCAACACUCUGAGGCGACAGAAAUUCAGAGAGAAGAAGAAUUUGGGGAAAGAGAGAGUCAAGUUUUGGGAGAGGAACAAAAGGAAGAAGAUGAAACUGGGGAUGAUUACUUAGAGAAAAGGAGUCACCAGAUUGAUGAACAAGACAAGAUUCUGGAAGAAGACGAAAAAGAAUUGGCUGAGAGUAAUGAGGACAGUAGCUUAAGAAAGCCUCCAGACAUUGAAGGAUAUGAGCAGACAAGACAUGAGGAACAAGAUAAAAAACAGAAACGGGUCGACGAAGCAGAGAGUAAAAGUGAUGAUUUUGGAUCCACAGCAUUUGAAGGACAAGAACCUGAUGAGCAGCUGGAUAGAACAAGUAAAAGUGGAGCAAAAGAAAAGACAAAGACUGACGGCGACGGUGAUGGUGAUGGCUUGAGCAAGGAUCAAGGGAUUAAAGAAGAGCGAGAGAGACGCAAUGACAAACGCAAGAUUCAAGAUAUCGUACAAGGAAACGGAGAGGAGGAUAAGAAGAAAAUUGUAAAGAAGCAGAACAUUGUAAAGAAGGAGAUAAAUAAUGGAGACGCCAAAGAAAAAAUUGAUGCAAAAAUGGGCGAAGUAUUGGCAUCAAACUUUGCAGAUAUUGCGAUGAAAACUGAAGAUCUUGAAUCAGAUGAGGAGCUAGACAAGACAGAAAAGUUGGUUGAGAAGAAGGACAACGCUAAGGUUGGAGCACAAAGUGAAGACAUUAGCUUAAUAAAGCCUACAGAUUUUGAAGGAAGGGAUUCUCAUGAGCAGACAAGACAUGAGGAACAAGAAUAUAGCCAACACUCUGAGACUGAGAUUCAGAGAGAAGAAGAGUUUGGAGAAAGAGAGAGUCAAGUUUUGGGAGAGGAACAAAAGGAUAUGGAAGAAACUAAUGAUGAUAAUUUGGACAAGAUUAACCAGAUUGAGGAACAAGAAGAAGAAAAAAUCGUUGGUGAUUCAAAUAAAGAGAAUGAGGACAGUAGCUUGAGAAAGCUCCCAGACAUUCAAGAACGAGAUUCUCAUGGUCAGACAAGACAUGAGGAACAAGAACAAGUAGUGGAGCAGCAAGAUUCACAAGCAGAGACUAAUAGUAAUGAUUUUGGAAGCAGAGCAUUUGAAGAUCGGAUUGGAGAACAGAAACCUCAUGUAACUAAAAGUAGAGAAAUGGAAAAGGAAAAGAUUGACGAUGAUGAUGUUGGCUUGAGAAAGGUUCAAGAGGUUGUUAAAGAACCAGAGAUACACAAUGAAAAAAGCAAGAAACGAGAGAUGGUGGAACGAGAUUCUCAUGGUCAGACAAGACAUGAGGAACAAGAACGAGAUUCUCAUGAACAGAGAGGACAUGAGGAACAAGAACGAGUAAUGGAGCAGCAAGAUUCACAAGCAGAGACUACUAGUAAUGAUUUUGGAAGCAGAGCAUUUGAAGAGAUUGGAGAACAAAAACCUCAUGUAACUAAAAGUAGAGAUAUGGAAACGGAAGCGAUUGAUGAUGAUGAUGUUGGCGGCUUGAGAAAGGUUCAAGAGGUUGAAGAACCAAAGAUACACAAUGAAGAAAGCAAGAAAGUACUGGAAGGGGAAACAAGUGGUCACGAGAGGGGAAAAUUUAUAAAGAUGGACAUAGAAAAAAGGGAUGCAAAAGAAGAGGUUGAUGAGAAAAUGGGAGAAGGAUUUAGACCAAACAUUGAUAGAACACAAUUAGUUGCAGACAAUGACAUUGGAGAAACUGAGACAAAAGCUGAUGAGUUUGAAUCUGAUAAACUAAAAGCAGAUGAGGUACACAAGAUACAUGAACUGGUUGAGAAGAAAGAAGAUGAAGGGGAAAAUGCUAAUCUGAGAGGAAAAAGUAAAGACAUCAGCUUAAAGCUUCAAGAGAAUGAAGAACAACAGUCUAAGGGACAGAAGCGACAAGACAAACAAGAAAUGAUUAAAGAAUUGGUGGAAGAGAAAACACCAAGAGCAGAUGCAAAUGCAGGGAACGAUAUUCCAAAACCAGUCCAGGCGAAGACAAGUGAUAAAGGAAAGGAGGAGAAGAAAAGUGUAAAGAUGGAGAUAAAAACUGGGGAUGCCAAAGAAGAAGUUGAUGCAAAAAUGGGCGGAGGAUUUGCACCAAACAUUGCAGCGACAAAAUUUGAGGAGUUUGAAUCUGAUAAAAUAGAUUCAGAUGAGGUAGACAAGAUACAGAAACUGGUUGAGAAGAAAAAGGGGGAAGAGGAAAAUGCUAAGGUUGGAACACAAAGUGAAGACAUCAGCUCAACAAAGCUUCAAGAGAUUGGAGAACAACAAUUUCAGGGACAAAAGCAACACGAAAAGCAAGAAAAGAUCAGAGAAUUGGUGGAAGAGCAAACUCUAGAGGCAGAGGCAAAUAUUGGGAAUGAUAUUCCAAAAGCAGUUCAAGAGAUGAAAGAACCACAAGAGGUGGAAUUGUUAGAGAAAACAGGUGAUGAAAGAAAAGCAAGAAAGGUGAAGAAGAAAAGUGUAAAGAUGGAGAUAAAUAAUGAGGAUGGCAAAGAAGAGGUUGAUGAAAAAAUGGGACAAGGAUUCGAACCAAACGUUUCAGAAACUGACGAUGAUUUUGAAUCUAAUAAACUAGAAGCAGAUGAGGUAGACAAGAUACAUGCACUGUUUGAGAAGCAACAAGAUGAAGAGGAAAAUGCUGAGGGCGGAAGACAAACUGAAGACAUCAGCUUAAAAGAGCUUCAAGAGAUUGAAGAACAACAAUUUCAUGGAAAGAUCAAAGAAUUGGUGGAAGAGCAAACUCUAGAGGCAGAGACAAAUAUUGGGAAUAUUAAUCCAAAACCAGUAGCGGAGAGAAGUGAGGGAAAACACAAGUUCCAGGAGGACACAAAGAAUCAGCCAGAGGAAUACAAAGAGAAAAUUACGAAGACUAAUGAUCCUGGCGCAAGAAAGGUUCAGGAGAUUAUUAGAAAACAAGAGUUGAAUGAACCUGCAGCAAGAUCCGAGAAAGAAAGCAAGACACGAGAGCUGGUGAAAAGCAAAACAAAUGAUGAAGGGAAAGAGAAGAAAAUUGCAGAAAAAGAAACAAAGGCAGAGACAUAUGUAGGGAAUGAUAUUUUGAAACCAGUUCAGGAGAUAAGUGAGGGAAAACACAAGAUCCUAGAGCUUUCUCAAGAGGAAACAAAGAAUCAGCCAGAAGAGUACUUAAAGAAAAUUAAGGAGACAGGAAAAAAGAUUAAUGAUGCUGGCACAAAAAAACUUCAAGAGAUAAAACAAGAGUUGAAUGAACCAGCAAGAUCUGAGAAAGAAAGCAAGACGCAAGAACUGGUGAAAAACAAAAGAAAUGAAAUUGCAGAAACAGAAACAAGAGAGCAAGAGUCAAAUAGACCAAAAAUACUCAGGGAACAAGAAAAGAUCCAAGAACUGGCUGAAGAGAAGACUAACUUUUCAAAAAAUGGGAAAGCCAAGGAUAAAGACGAAAUUGCAGAGAAGAAAACAGAAUUUUGUGCUGAUGACGAUGAUAUUUCAAGCAAAUUUCGAGAUGUUGAACAACAAGAUUCAGAUGCAGUGAAGGGGCAAGAAGAAAAAGACAUGAUUCAAGAAUUAGCACUUGAAGAAAAAGUUAGUGAUGGAGGUAAAGGAAUCGUUGCAGUGUUGGAUACAAAAGCUGAGAAUGAUAAGUCUAAAAAAGUUCAAGAGAUUGACCAACAACAGUUGCAUGAAGAAGAUAGAUGUGGAAAACAAUUCCAGAAACUCAUAGUAGGUGAAGUAAGUGGUCGCGGAGAAGUUGAUGAUAUUAAAAUAAUAGAAGAAGAGAAAGAAAUCAGGGAUAGCUCGAGAAAAGGCCAAGAGACUGCAAAAACAGAUUCAGAACUCCACAACAACAGAGAAGUUUGUCGAAGUGAAGAGAAGAAGUAUGACAGACCUGAAAAGAUAGAACAAGAAUUGGUUAACUUGAACAGCCAACUGGAGCAAGACAAUGUUGAAGAUGGAGACAAGAAUCAAGAACCGGUGGAAGAGGAAAUCAAGGAUUGUAAAGAAGAAGAUGGCGGUGCAGAAUCAAAGAUCAAAAUCGACGAUGAUGUUGUAAGAAAGGUUCAAGGUGUUAAAGAACAUGAGUCGUAUGGGACGGAAAGGGAACAUGUAAGCAAGAUUCAAGAAUUGGUAGAAGAGAAAAUUGGUGAUCAUGAAGAAGAAGAAGAUGUAUGUGAUAGCUUGAGAAAGGUUGACGGUGGCAAAGCACAGGAGUUGCAUGAACCGAAGAUACACAAAGAACGUGAUAAGACCCGGAUAACUGGGGCAGAGGAACCAAGUUGUCAAGAGGAUGAGAAUAUGGUAGAGCCUUUGACAAUAAAAGAGGAUGACAAUUUUGUAGAUGUUCAAGAGAUUAAUAAAGAACAACCUGAAAAGCUACAGAGCCAGGAGAAACCAUACAAAAUUCAAGAAGUGGUUGAAGCGGGACUCAAUGACCAUAGAGAAGAAGAAAAGGUAACGGCCAAGGCAGACCUGGAAACUGAAAGAGAGAGCUCAAAAAAGGUUGAAGAGACUGAGCAACAGAAAUAUGAUGGACCAAAGAUGCAAAAUACAGAGGACAAAAAGAAAAAUAUAGCAGUGGAGCAGAAGGGGACUGUGGAGAUGAGGACAAAAACAAAAGAUGGUAGCUUGACUAAAGUUCAAGAUGAUGAAGAUCAAGAAUCGAGUAAACCUUAUAAGAGAAAAAUAGAAGACAAGACCCAGAAACUAGUGGAAAUGGGAACAAGUGAUUACAGAGAAAAAGUCAAGAAAGAAGAUGAGAAUGAUAUCUUAAGAAGCCAAGAAGACUUAGAUGAAUUUGGGAGACACAGUGAGCAAAGCAAUAUUCCUCAGUUGGUAGAAGUAGAAAAAGUGGAGAACAUUGCUGAGCUAGAGGGAGAAUCAUAUGAAGAUUGGACACACGAGGAGCGAGAAAAGAGAAAAGAUUUGGUUAAAGAGGAAGCAGCUGAUCUUAAAGAUAAACACACUGGUGGAGAUGACCAUACUGAUGAUAAACAAGAAAAGAUUAUUGUCAAGGCAGAACUUAAAACUGAGGAAGAUAGCUCAAAGAGGGUUCAAGAGACUGAAAAACAGGAUGAAGAUGAAUUGCAGAGAUCUAUGACACAAGACAAAAUGCAAGAAACAGAGGGAAAAGACAAAACUAGAGCAAUGGAGGAGAAUGAGAUUGUGGAGAGAAGGGAAAAAACUAUAAAUGAAAGCUUGAGAAAGGUUCGAGAAGAUGAAGAAGAUCCACAAUUAGGUAAACAGAAGAGACGUGGGGAAGAAGACAGGAUCCAUGAGUUAGUAGUGGAAACGGAAUUAAAUGAUUACAGAGGAAAAGUCAAGAAAAAAGAUGGAGAUGGUGUCUUAAGAAGAAGCCAAGAGACUGUGAAAUUUGAUUUAGGUGAACGUGAGAGACAGUUUAAGCAAAGAAGGAUUCAUGAACCAGUGGAAGAUGAACAAACAGGAGAAGGCAAAGGAGAACAUGAUGAAGAAGAAAGAUAUGAGAAAGUUGCACAGGCUAAGACAAAAGUUGAACAUGAGAUCAACAAAAAGAUAGGGGAGAAUAAAGAUUCAGAACCGGAAAAACAGGAGCUAUACAAGUCGGAAGCAGUACUAAAAGAAGAAGUAGGUGAUCGCGAAAAAGAAGAAGAAAAUCUCGUGGAUGGUUCUGCGACAAAGAUUCAAGAAACUGAAAAGGAAGAGCUAGAGAUGUACAAGAAACAAGACAUGGUCCUAGAAGACGUAACAGGGGAUCAGAAAGAUGAAAAGGCAGAGGAAGCUGCAGCUGUAGUGGCAAGCAAUGCGAACGGAAGUUCAAGAACGGUUAAAACGAUUGAAGAAGAAUCAGAAGAACACAUGGAAAAAGAAAAGAUCCCUGAAAUAAGUGAUCCUAAAGUGAAAGAGACAAAAGAGGAGGUUCCCAAGUCAAGAUAUGUCCGAGAGAUAAAAGAGCUAGUAACACAUGUUCCGGAACUUGAAGGAAAAACAGAGAAUUGCAAAGAUGAUGGACAAGGAAGGAGAGCAGAAAAGGGAAAACAAGGAAAGAUUGUUGAGACUAUGUCACCGGAAAGGUUCAAGUCAACAAGUGACGAUGGUAUUGUGAGAAAGAAGAUUCAAGAGACCAAAGUGCAAGAUUCAAAUGAGAAGAAAAAGCAAGAACAGAAAGGCAAGAUUGAAGAAACAGAGAGGAGAGAAUCGAGUAGUCAUGAGGUAAAGUUGGUGACUGAAGAUGAUAGCCUUAGAAAAGGUCAAGAGUUUUUGGAAAAGGAGUCAAAUGUGUCAAAGAAAACUGAGGAAGAUAGCUCAAAGAGGGUUCAAGAGACUGAAAAACAGGAUGAAGAUGAAUUGCAGAGAUCUAUGACACAAGACAAAAUGCAAGAAACAGAGGGAAAAGACAAAACUAGAGCAAUGGAGGAGAAUGAGAUUGUGGAGAGAAGGGAAAAAACUAUAAAUGAAAGCUUGAGAAAGGUUCGAGAAGAUGAAGAAGAUCCACAAUUAGGUAAACAGAAGAGACGUGGGGAAGAAGACAGGAUCCAUGAGUUAGUAGUGGAAACGGAAUUAAAUGAUUACAGAGGAAAAGUCAAGAAAAAAGAUGGAGAUGGUGUCUUAAGAAGAAGCCAAGAGACUGUGAAAUUUGAUUUAGGUGAACGUGAGAGACAGUUUAAGCAAAGAAGGAUUCAUGAACCAGUGGAAGAUGAACAAACAGGAGAAGGCAAAGGAGAACAUGAUGAAGAAGAAAGAUAUGAGAAAGUUGCACAGGCUAAGACAAAAGUUGAACAUGAGAUCAACAAAAAGAUAGGGGAGAAUAAAGAUUCAGAACCGGAAAAACAGGAGCUAUACAAGUCGGAAGCAGUACUAAAAGAAGAAGUAGGUGAUCGCGAAAAAGAAGAAGAAAAUCUCGUGGAUGGUUCUGCGACAAAGAUUCAAGAAACUGAAAAGGAAGAGCUAGAGAUGUACAAGAAACAAGACAUGGUCCUAGAAGACGUAACAGGGGAUCAGAAAGAUGAAAAGGCAGAGGAAGCUGCAGCUGUAGUGGCAAGCAAUGCGAACGGAAGUUCAAGAACGGUUAAAACGAUUGAAGAAGAAUCAGAAGAACACAUGGAAAAAGAAAAGAUCCCUGAAAUAAGUGAUCCUAAAGUGAAAGAGACAAAAGAGGAGGUUCCCAAGUCAAGAUAUGUCCGAGAGAUAAAAGAGCUAGUAACACAUGUUCCGGAACUUGAAGGAAAAACAGAGAAUUGCAAAGAUGAUGGACAAGGAAGGAGAGCAGAAAAGGGAAAACAAGGAAAGAUUGUUGAGACUAUGUCACCGGAAAGGUUCAAGUCAACAAGUGACGAUGGUAUUGUGAGAAAGAAGAUUCAAGAGACCAAAGUGCAAGAUUCAAAUGAGAAGAAAAAGCAAGAACAGAAAGGCAAGAUUGAAGAAACAGAGAGGAGAGAAUCGAGUAGUCAUGAGGUAAAGUUGGUGACUGAAGAUGAUAGCCUUAGAAAAGGUCAAGAGUUUUUGGAAAAGGAGUCAAAUGUGUCAAAGAGUGGACAAGCAGAGGCAGAGACAAAAAUCAACAAUGUUAAAUCAAGUGAGGAAGAGGAACAUAAGAAGAAGAUUAGGAAAACAAUGGAAGAGAAAUCAAAUGCUCCUGAGAAAGAAAGAGAGGCAAAUGAGAAAGUUGCAGAAGAGCGGAUGCAAGAUAAGACUGACAGCAGCACUAAGAACCAAGAGAUUAAAGAAGAAGAACCAUAUGAGUUUCUACGAAAUGGAGAGCAUGACAAGAUCCCAGAAUGUCAUAGAGAAGAGGAAAAGGGAAUGGAACAAAGUGAAAUUGAGGAGAUGAAGAGAACAACUGAGGAUUGUAGCUCAAGAAAGGUUCAACAAAAUAAAGUACAAGAAUCAGAUGAAGUAGAGAAACACCGGAAACUAAGUGAGAUACAAGAAAGUAGCAAUACCCAAGAAUCAGUGGGAAAAGAAACAGAGAAGAAUAGAGAAGACGAAAUGAAUGAAAGGGGAGGAUAUAAUGCAAUGCUCAAGGAAAAAUCUAUGGCUUCAAGUGAGUCUCAAGAUGCUGAGGAAAAAGGAUCAGAUCAGCCAAAGAGAUAUGCAGAACAAGAACUAAUGACUGAGAGGGAGAGAAAAGAAGAAUAUCGUAUAAGAGAAGGCGAGCAGAAGGAGAAUUCAAAGCGAAUGCCGCAGGUGGCUUCGAAAGCUAAUGACAGUAGCUCCAAAAAAAAACAUCAAGAACUGGUUGAAAUAGAAACUAUUGACGAGAGGAUAGAAGAAUUAGAGGAGGGGAAUGUUGUUGGGAAAGCAGAGACAGUAGAUGAAUAUGCUAGUUCAAGGACGAUUCACGAACAGGAAGAAAGAAAUUCAGAUAAACUAGAAGGACAUGGGGAAGAAGAUAUGAGCAAAAAACUUGCAGAACAAGGAACAAGCGAUGAUAAAGAUGCAAAAGAAGGAAACAGAGCAGGGGAAGUAUGGGAAGAGGUGGAGACUAAAAUCAGGGCUGAUGGCUUUGGGAAGGUAAGACAGAUUGAAGAACAAGAAACAGACAAGAAGCUAUCAGAUGUGGAAAAGGACAUACGUGGUAAAUCAAAAGAGAACAAGAAUCAAGAGACAAAGAGGAAUGAUAAUAGCUCCGGGAGUAAGACUCAAGCAAAUGAAAAACAAGAGUCUCAUGAACAAAAGAGAAAUGAGGAAGAGGUCAUUGAGAAAGAAGAGACAAUUGAAGAACAUGAUAGCUCAAGUAAGAUUCAUGAACAUGACGAACAAAAGUCAGAUAUAAUGAGCGAAAAUAUUGCAGAAGAGGAAACAAGCGAUGAUAAAGAAGCCAAAGAAAGAAACAGAGCAGGGGCAGUAUUGGGAGAGGUUUUGAAGAUAGGAGAGAUUGAGAAACACGAGCAAGACAAGAAGCAAUCAUUUGUGGACACAAGUGGUAAAUCAAAAGAGAACAAGAACCAAGAGACAAAGAGGACAGAUGAUGAUAUCUCAGGAAAUAAGACUCAAAAACAAGAGUCUCAUAAGAAGAAGAGCCAUCACGAUCAGGACAAGAAGAACCCGGGACUGCUUGGGAAAGAAACAAACAGUUGCAUAAAUGAAGAUAAAGAAAAUGCAGAAGCAGAGGUGUCAAGAAAGUUAAAGGGAGUUGAAAAACGAGAAUCAACUAAAAUGGUGGAAACACAUGAAAACCGAGAUGACAUCAAAGAAUUGGUUGAAGAGAAAACGAACAACAAAGAAGGACAAGACAAGGAGAGCAUAGUUACGGAUGUCUUGGCAAAAGCUGAAGACGAUGAACUGAGGAAACAAGACAAGAGCAGGGAACAAAGACUAAGAGAUAACCUUAAAUAUGAAGAAACGUCAAAGACAGAAACAAAAAGAAAGGAUGAUAAUGAACAAGAGAGAAUUAAAGAGCAAGGAAGGAUCAAAGAACUGGUACAAGACAGGACACAUUCUUGCAGAGAAAAAGAGAACAAAGAAACUGAAUUUGAAGACUCGAAAAAGAUUCAAGAGAGAGACAAAGAAGAAUCAACUGAACCAAGAAGAAAUGAGAAACGAGACAAGAUCCAAGAACCAGUGGAUAGGGAAACAAGUGAUGAUGACGAAGAAGAGUUAGAAAUUGAAUUUGAAGAAGAAGAAGAAGACUGGGAAGCUGAAGUAAUUCAAGUAACGGAUUCAGAUCAUGAAGAUAAUAAUGAUAUUAGAAAUAUAAAAAGAAUCAGAUUAGGAUUCCGGUUAGUAGGAGGAUCAACAUUGUUUAUGUCACUUAUAGUCAUAGUUAUUAGUUUCAUUCAUUCCAAAAGAAAAAUAAGAGGUUACAAGUUCUAAGCAGAUCACAAUAUC